UAUGGCGCUAUGUUGGUUGUGUUACUGUUUAGUGUGACGUAAAGACGCUCACACUUCAAUGAAAAACACAAAAAUAUAUACUAAUUUAAUCUGAAUGCAUUUUAACAACACUAUAGUAUUUACCUGAGUGUGUUUUACGUAAGAUGUGUGAUGUAUGUGCUGAUUUCUUGGAUCUCUUACAAAUAUAUGAUGGCAGAAUUACAAACAAAGAAUCAGAUGAACGCCCCUCAUUUGAAAAGGAAGAAGUGGACACAGUUUUUCAGUACAUACAAGCGUGGCCACAGAGGCAAUGCACUUGCUGUUUCCGGGAUGGCAAAAAUUUUGAUCGUUUCAAUUGGCUGACACAAGGGGUGGUUCUGUUAAGUGUUGCACAGUUGAAAGAAAUGAGUGUGUCUGCUGAUCCUGCUGCCUCUGGAAGGUCAGGAUGGACAUUGGCUGACCGUGAAAGAUUGAUGCAUUUGCUGUCUAAGGUAUUCCUCUUAAAUUUCCCUUUAUAUGCUGCUUUCAAACAGAGUUCAGCUGGUAAACUGGAAGAAGUUUCUGCAGCAGAAGCUGCAGCACUAAAUGUAUUUUGUGAUCUCCAUGAUCCUGAAAUUCCAUCAUUCCUUCUUCGUAAUGUCUGCCUGUUUUGCAAGGCUGGUGGACCAGCGGCGAUGACAGCAUGUUUUGAGAACUCAUCCUUGCCUGUCCCACUUGCCCAUGCACUUGUUGCAGUUGUGUGCAAUCUUAAAUUAUGGCUCAACUAUCGUUCAGUUGUACAGUUGUUUGUUCCGUUGCGGUCACGUGUGUUGAGAUACAUGUGCGGCCUUCCGGAUAAGGAUCUUCGUGUACCUGGUAUCAAAACAAUGGCAGAUUUCAUGUGGAGUGCUGUGAAGGAUCCUCUUGAUUCACCACUUGCUUUUGACCGUGAUGGCCUUGAUUUGGCUUUUAAAUAUUUUACCAGCUCUACACUGACUAUGAGGCUUGCAGGAAUUGCACAGAUCAACAGCCACAUCAACAUGUUCAAUGAAUUGUGCAACAAUGAAAGCAUAAUGGAAGUAGAAAAUGUAGGCCAGAAUCUUGCCAACUGGCUUAUCGAAAACCAGAUUAUUUCGCACAUAUUUGGACCAAAUCUUCAUGUAGAGGUAAUAAAGCAGAGUCACAUAAUACUCAGCUUUUUAGCAAUGGAAUGCAAGAUAACAGAUGAACAUAUAGACAUUAUUUGGCAAGCUGCACAGUUAAAACACUGCAGUAAGCAAGUUCAUGACCUCCUUCCUCCACUCAUUAAAAACUUGGAAUCUGGGCCUGUGUUACAUCUGUACAAUCUUCUUUGUAAAAUGGAACCUAAAGACCACACAGAGCAGAGCCUGUAUCUUGCUUCAGCACUUAUAAAAUUUAUAUGGACAAGUGCUGGAACCUACAGCCAAGUAACGACUGAGGCUCCUUUUUUAUCAAUGGGAAAUAAAAGUGUACUGAAACCUGGUGUUAAUGGCGCAAGAACCAACCGAACUGGUGACGUUAGCAGCAGUGAAAAUAGCAUCAGCAUGGAGAAUAGUAACUCUGAAGAUGAGCAGGGCUGUUGCAUGCCAUCAGAUACUGCUCAGUUGCUAACAAAGGAGAAAGAUCAAAGUGAUAAAACAGUAAAUAACAGCAAACACAAAAAGAGCCCCAUUAAUGUUGAAAACUCUGACGGAAGUCUGAAGGUGGAGGAAUUAGAAGAAGACGAAGAUGUGAAAAAUAAUGUAGAAAGGGGUACAAGUCCUGUGAAGACACCAAAAAUUUCCUGUCCACAGCAAGUAUCAGGAGAUGGAAUACCAAGUAGUGGCCAAGAGGAAGAUAGUGAAGUAGAACAAUCAAAAUCAGCUAAUUCAAAGAGAAGGCGCAAGCUGAUGAAGAGGCACUGUCGGCACAGAGCAGCACCUCAACCAAAGGGACAAGGAAAUGAAGUGAAAUGUACUGAGCUUACAGAUGAUGAUGAAGAGGAAGAAGAAGAUGAUGAGGAUGAAGAAGAUGAUGAACCGAAAGCUUCAGUCACUGAAAGUAUAGUCAAAGACAAAGAUCCAGUAGAGCAGUUAACAGAACCUGACCAGGAGGUUCCAAAUGUACUGAUGAGAGACUGUGGACCAGAUCUAGUUGAGAUAAUAGAAGAUCAUUCUCAUGAUAGCUCUCACGAUUCAACUCAAGGUGCUGUGAUGACAGAACUGGCCAGUCUUGUACAGGGAUCACAGAUUCAUGACUGCCGUCCAUAUAUGAGAAACUAUCAGGCUCACAGGGAGCUUAUGGACGAAAUGAUGAGUGGUGAAGAAGGUAGCUAUUCAUCAAGGAUGAGCAAUAAAUCAGAAAAGAACAUGGCAGAUUUUGAAGGGGAAGAAUCUCCAUGUGAAGAUGAACUUGUACAAUUGGCAGCUCAGGCACAGGCUCACACAUUACCUGUGCAGCACAUGGCAUUCCACUCUCGCUUUCACACCCCAAAGAUGAUGCGGGCAGAGGGUACUCAUAUUAAGAUGGAUGCAGUGUGCAAGCCAGGAAAUACUUUACUGUGGGAUCUCAUCCAGGAUGAUAAAAUUGGUCAACUUGGGGAAGGAUUAGCUGUAGAAGCAGAGAAGGCACUAUCAAAUCUGUUGUGCUUCAAUACAGAGAGAGUUAUUCGGAUGAAGUUUAUUGAAGGGUGCUUAGAAAACCUUGCAAAGAACUGGUCUGUAGUGGUAUCGUUACGACUCUUGCCUAAGCUGUUUGGCUCAUUCCAACAGUUCCGUGGAAUGGACACUCACCAGGUGACUACUUGGGCAGAAAGAGAGCACAACAUGAUGGAAUGCUUCUUCAACAAUUUGAAGGUGUACACAAAGGAGGGACCAAAAAACAGCCUCUACUCACAUCAGACUGAAAUCCAAGUGCGUCUGCAGUUUCUGACCACAAUUUAUGCUCCAAUUUGUUCUCCUGAGAAUUUCAGGUUGAGCAUUGAUCAGCUAGACAUUUUAUGGAACUGCCUGGCUACAGAUGCACAGUGUGCAGAUGAGCUAUUUUCUUGGUUGUUAAAUCAAGCAAAGUCAAGAGAUCAACAUGCAUUGGGUAGUGAUGCUCUCAGACAUCUGUAUCUUCAUAAACUGCCUGCCCUUGCUCCAGAGCGAAUAUCGAUGACAGGGCUUGCUUUAUUCCAGCAGUUGUGUUCCCUUGCACGUGAUGCAGAUAUGUCACACUUGUGGAAAGUGGCAUUGCGAGUGUCCAACACUGAUGUAAGUAUGGCUGCCAUUCAGUACCUCAACAGUUACUAUGUGGGACGUCAGCUGGAUCAUGAGUCAGAAUUUGUAUCACAAUGCAUGGCACAUUUGGGAGUAGCUACCGCUGAUCUUGAAGUAGCCGAGGAGUCCAGCUUGCUUUGCAUACAACGAGCUCUGUUGCUGCUGAAAACACACCUGGAGACAUUUCGGCGCAGAUAUGCUUAUCAUCUUCGGAGGUGGAUGCUGGAAGGUCAUGGUGUUGGCAGCCAUGUCCUUGCAGGCGAUCGUGACCGUGGUUCUAUGCCAGUGCGUGUGGUGGUACAACCAGCCGGAAUGACAGACAAAACUACUCUUGAGCUAUUGAGCACUGAUUAUGUAGCUGAUCUACGUGCUGAAGUGGCUCAUUGGUGGAAUCCACGUGCAGCUGACGGCCCAAUUCGCAUUAUCACUCAAGGACAGGAGCUCACUACGGAACUUGAUGAAAAAACUUUGCAGGAGAUGGGUUUUAAGGACUUGCAGCUUGUGUUUGUGUCUGUUGGAGCCUCCCGUCAGCAGAAGAAACGUGAUACAGCAGGUGAUAUACCAUCUGUACUGCCUCCUCCACCUCGUGAAAGCCUACCAACUUUGUUGUUACUGCAACAACCUUAUUUUGAACAGCUGUUCAGUCUCAUGCAAACAUUAUCCAGCAUGAAGACCCCUGUCAAAGGAGGGCACCACAUUCCACAUACUAAAGCACAAGUGCUGUCUCGUCGUGUAUGGGACAUUUUAACGCUUCUUCCUACAAAUCCUGUCCUCCUUCAGGGCUUCCAAAAGCUUGGAGAGUCUGAUGAAAGGGUAUCAUUACAAUCAUUGCUUGACCCAGCCAGUCCACAGAAAUUAAUGUACUCUCUAUAUAUAGUCGAGUCAUUGAGUCGUCCUCAUCAGCAAGUUCAGAAUGCUAAAAGAAAUGGAGGGAAUUCUGUACAGCAUCAACAAAAUCAGGAACAAACACAAUUCAACAAGGCCGCAAAUGCCAAUACUGGUUCAGCAACUUCAGCUGUAGCAUCAGAGAAUGAGAAAGAGGCUGGUGUGACUUGGAGUCAGAUGUUCAUACAGCAUGGUGGUCUGAGGCAUCUCUUUGACAUCUUCAUGUCUGGCGUCUUACAGCAGGAGGGCAGUGAGUGGCAGCAGGAUUGUUUAGCUUGUCUGUUGAAACUGCUCUGCCACCUAGGAGUCCAGACUGAUGAUUCUGAUUUCCUGCAUGAUAUUGGUAGCAUACGUAACAAACGUGCUCGCCGUUUUCACAAGCUUAACAGUGAUAAAUCAUCUCUUCCAAAACUGAAUGAUGACAUGCUACAGAUGAUGGAUAUCGACACAGUUAUACCAAGGUUAACAAGUAUUCUCUAUGAGGCAUCUCUUCCUCGUGAUCCAAACCAUUAUAAGACUGGCUUUUGGGGUCGAGCACAGGUUGUACAUUAUGCUAUGGCAUUGUUAGUGGCAUGGGCACAUACAACUGUUGGAGUACGUCAAGCAGUGAUGGCGGCAUCUGAUUUCUCACAAUGGUUGCAAAGACUAGUGCUUGAAGAUCCAGAACCUGCUGUGAGACGAGAGGCUUGCACUGCACUGUACCGCCUGUGCCUUGGUGAUGCUGCAUUCACUGCGCAGAUGCUUAGUCACCUUAUGGAGCAGCUUCCUGUGGCAGAAAGUAUGAGACCACAGAGAUUAGAGACGAUUCAGCAUGUGACAGAGGAAGGGAAAGAACCGUAUGGGCCAGCCUGUCGUGAUUACUUCUGGUUAUUGUGUCGCCUUGUAGACAGUCUUAGUGAUGAUAUCAUAAAAGAAAGUAUAGAAGAUCCGCAGAGCUGUGUAAUUGAUAUUGAUGGACUUGCAAAGAGGCUUUCACAAUCCAUCUUGACACGAGAGUAUUUAGAAACAAGACACAACACUGUGGAAGAUGAUGGUCUCAUUGGGCUUCUGAAUCUCAUGUCAAAUGUGCUUAAACAUAACCCACCAUUCAAAAACAGCAAAGAAGGGAAAGAUUUUCUGAUAGAGGUUUUUGAUCUUCUGUUCGCACUGCCAAAUCCACGUAAGCGAUAUGUACCAAAGUGCAAGUCACAGCUUUCACGGUCUUCAGCCUAUGACUUGUUGGUGGAACUAGCAAAGGAGUCACCAGGAAACUACCGUAUAUUACAUGAAAAGCUGCUGGAACAACAUCGACCAGGACCGCAUUCACCAUACCCAUGGGAUUACUGGCCUCAUGAAGAUGGUCGUUCGGACUGUGGUUUUGUUGGCCUGACGAACUUAGGUGCUACAUGUUACAUGGCUUCAUGCAUGCAGCAUCUGUACAUGAUGCCACAGGCACGAUCUUCCAUUCUGCAGGCUCAGUGUGAUGGAUCAAGCAAACACGAGAUGACUCUUCGAGAGCUACAGCGCAUGUUUGCUUAUCUUCUUGAGAGUGAACGAAAGGCAUACAAUCCACGUAGUUUUUGUAAAGUAUAUACCAUGGACCAUCAACCUCUGAAUACUGGUGAACAGAAGGACAUGGCAGAGUUUUUUAUAGACUUGGUUUCAAAACUUGAAGAAAUGACUCCGGAGUUAAAGAAACUUGUCAAGACAUUAUUUGGAGGUGUCAUAAGCAACAAUGUUGUUUCACUAGAUUGUGAACAUGUAAGUCGAAAGUUGGAGGAAUUUUACACUGUUCGUUGCCAAGUUGCAGACAUGCGUAACCUGUACGAGUCACUUGAUGAAGUUACAGUAAAGGAUACAUUAGAGGGAGAUAACAUGUACACUUGCUCACAGUGUGGCAAGAAAGUUCGUGCAGAAAAAAGGGCAUGUUUUAAGAAGCUGCCUCAUAUCUUGUGCUUCAAUACUAUGCGUUAUACAUUCAACAUGUCAACAAUGUUGAAAGAGAAAGUCAAUACCCAUUUUUCCUUUCCAUUGCGACUAGAUAUGUCAGGCUAUGUUGAGAAACAUCUCAUGCCUCAACAUUAUCAAGAGGAAAAGAGGAAAUCAGAACUGCGAAAGACCGAGAAGACUGAUGAUCAAGAGGAGGAAGACAAAGAAGCAUCAUAUUCAGAAGAUUUCAAUGAAUGCUAUGAAUAUGAUCUGAUUGGUGUGACUGUGCACACUGGAACAGCUGAUGGUGGUCAUUACUACAGUUUCAUAAGGGACCGGACUGCAUCUAAUCGUGAUAAGUGGUUUCUUUUCAAUGAUGCGGAAGUAAAACCAUUUGAUCCCAACCAAAUAGCCGCUGAAUGCUUUGGUGGUGAGAUGACAAGCAAGACAUACGACUCAGUAACAGAUAAAUUCAUGGACUUCAGCUUUGAAAAAACAAAUAGCGCAUAUAUGCUGUUCUAUGAAUGGGUAAGCCGCGAUGGAGAGCAGCGGGGCUCAAAGGAAGAACCAGAGGCAGAUGCUCUCACAGUACCACAAGCAGCCACUGCUGCCUCACCACCUGCUGCUUCCAAAGCACAGCAACAACCCACAUUUGAACUUAGCAAAGAGCUUGAAGACUGGAUCUGGCAAGAUAACAUGCACUUCCUUCAGGAUAAGAACAUCUUUGAACAUACAUACUUCAACUUUAUGUGGCAAGUAUGUGGAUACAUUCCUCAGACUCUCAUCAGCCUGCAGUCCGAUAUUACGGAAAUGGCUGCUCAAUUGUCCACGUCAUUUUUUGUGGAGACAUUUAUCCAUGCUAAAGAAAAGCCAACGAUGGUGCAGUGGGUGGAACUUUUAACAAAGCAGUUCAAUGCAUCACAAGCUGCUUGUGAAUGGUUUCUUGGUCAUAUGGCAGAAAAUGAUUGGUGGCCUGUACAGAUACUUAUCAAAUGCCCAAAUCAGAUUGUAAGGCAGAUGUUUCAGCGACUGUGUAUACACGUUAUACAAAGGUUAAGGCCAAAUCAUGCUCCUUUGUAUUUAAAGAGCGAUGGUGAUACAGAAGAAGAGCCAGAUCCAAAUAAAAUUGGAAAUCAUUCUUGUGUUACACGUUUCGUAAGAAUGCUACUUUCAUUGAUGGAACAUGGUGCUAAGGCACAUUUGAAGAAUCUGACAGAAUACUUCAGUUUCUUUAAUGAAUUCAUCAAAAUGGGGGAAGAAGAAAGUCAGUUUCUUCUCUCUGUACAAGCUAUUUCAAUGAUGGUGAGCUUCUACUUAGGUCAGAAGUCACAGCAGGAAUACGUGGAAGUGGUGAGUGAAGAGGAAGAUGAAGAAGAAGUGAUACCAUUGCCAACAGACAAAUACAAACCCGCCUCUCUUGAAAAGAUGAUCAGCUUGGUUGCCAUACUUGCAGAAAAGUCAAGGGGCUCUGAUCAUCUGCUAAAGCUAUCUACAUCUGAUUUAAAUGCUAUUGCAGGUGGAAAGGGGUUUCCAUUUCUAUAUCAGCAGAUCAAAGAUGCUAUUAACCUCCACCAGACACGAAAUCUGAUCUAUGCUCUCUGCCGCUGGAAUGAGAGGCUUGCUGUCCACAUUGUAGCUAUGAUUUUCCAGGCCAUAACGAAGCAUUCUGAGUUGUGCCAACCAUUCUUCAAGAUCUUAACUCUUCUUAUAGAGACAACUAGUGGCAUGACAGGCCUGCCACCUUUCACUCAGCUAAUAUUACAGCAUAUCUGGGAAGUUGCUGAGUUCUGUGCGCAGAGUGCACUGGAUUGGCUUGCAGUUCAGGCUCCUCGCAAUAAAACUGUUCAUACUUGGGUGCUUCAGAGUAUGGAUACCUGGGUUGAACAUUUUCUUCUUGGACACAAUAACCAGCGUGUUCGCUCUGCUGCAGCAUAUUUACUGGUUUCUUUAGUUCCAAACCCUCACUUUCGUCAAGGUUAUCGAACAAGAUCGCCUUACAAGGAUGUUCCUGUUUGUCCUGAGGCUCAAGUUGUAAUACAUCAGAUCUAUAAUUUGCUUCUGAGGCUGUUGAAACCUGCGCGGCACUACACUGACAUCCAGACUCAUGGAGCCAUGAAGCUAACUGCAUAUUUCGCUGUACUUACGUACUGCUGCACCAGCCGUACAGAAAAACUCAUGUUUGGGCAGCAUUUCUUGGAUCUGUGGCAGCUGUUUCAUCCCAAACUAUCUGAACCAUCAAUACCAGUGCAUCACAACAAACAAGCAUUAUUGCUCUUUUGGCAUCAUGUCUGUGUUGACUGCCCAGAAAAUGUACAACUCAUCUUGCAGAAUGCUCAUGUUACUAAGAACAUAGCAUUCAAUUACAUACUGGCAGAUCAUGAAGAUCAGGACGUUGUUAUGUUCAACCGUACAAUGCUUCCUGCAUAUUAUGGGUUACUUCGUAUGUGCUGUCAGCAAUCUCGAACUUUCACGAGGUCACUAGCCAACCAUCAGAACUUACAUUGGGCUUUCAAGAAUAUUACACCACAUCCAACACAGUAUAGUGCAGCUGUUGAUGAGUUGUUCAAGUUGAUACAACUAUUUGUAAUGAAGUUUCCGGAUAGUACAGAACAAGAGCUACACGAAAUUAGUGCAUUCCGUAGACAAACCCUGCAGCUUUACUUACAGGUUCUGGAUGGACGCUCUUGUUGGACAACUCUUAUAAUGGCUUUCCGCACACUUAUAGACAGUGAUGAUGAUCGUUUGUACGUCAUUUAUAAUGGUGGAUUGCAGCUGGCGUUUGAGGCAUUACAGACAUUGCAUACAAUGUACCAUGAAGCAACAGCAUGCCAUGUACUUUCUGAUCUACUAGAACUUCUUUCCCUACUGUGUGAUUUUUUGAAGUGUGUGCGCAUGUGCCGUGAACCGCGGGAUAUUCGGACGUUAAUGCUGCAAGUCAAAGAGUGGGUGGAAGUGCUGCGCAAGAUUUCUACAUUGCUGAAUACCUAUAAUCCACCGGAGAUGAGGUCACUCUGCAUAGAACUAUUGAAGGAAAUGGUUCUGCUAAUGCCUCAGGAAGUUAUACAAGUACUGGUUCCUCUUCUAUCUCACUGCCAUGCUGUCUUCCAAGAAAAUCACAACGCAUUGCCAAUGGGCCCAUACUUCCCUCGUCGUGGACACAAACUGCCACCACAUGGUUUAAAGUCGGGUGCAAGGCCAACCCGUCCUAUGGUACAGAUGGCUAUUCCUCAUGGGCAACUGGAGGCUGCCAAGGGAGUGGACGAGGAAUAUGAUCAUGCACUUCAUGACUUUUAUUCUCCAUAUCACGAAUUCAUCGAUGUCAUGUGUCGAUUGGCUAUAAACAAUGAAUGCAUGUCAGAAGCACUUGUAAACUUGAGUGCCAUGGUGGGCUUUGAAGGUGUUCCUCUGCAUUUAACAUUCUUCCCAAAGCUAUGGGUCGACAUUUACCAUGCACAGCACGUGGACAGGAAAUACAUUGGCAUGCUUACAAACAGUAACUAUUUUGUUGACUAUGUUGAAGCAGUUUUACUGGAUGAAAGAUCUUCACUAAAUAUAGGAAUUGUAUAUAAUUUCCUUUGUCUGUAUUUUCCUAAGGUGGCAUCUCAUGUUCUCACAGAACAAACUUGUAACCUAAUUGAUAACUUGGUCACCUCAUUAUCAGAAAUUGUUCCCAUGGUAAAUGUUAGAGCCACUGCUUUAAAACUUAAUGGUGAUCUCCGAGCAUUGACUAUGGUGUACAACUCAGAUGCAUCAUUACCAGUGUCUGAUGAGCUGACUCCAACGUUGCUUCAGCUGUUGACAAAAGCACGUGAAGCUCGUCAGACCAUAGAGGCGGAAGAGAAUGCAGAUGAUGUUCCCUGCAAGAAAAGAAAAUUAAGUGCUGAGAAGAAAGAAGAGGAGGCAGAGCCAAAGCCAUCAGGAUCGAAAGAUGAAGAUGAACCAGUUGCCUCAUCCCCCUCACCAUCACCUUCAAGUGAUAAAACAGAGAGCUCAUCACCUUGCUCAAGCAAGUCACAGCACUUCUCUGUCAGCUGCAUUGAGCUUUUAGAAAAAACCAUCAUUGAUCUGAAGACGUGUGUUGAGAAAAAAAGUUGAGUGGUCACUCUUAUGUUUUAAAGAACAUGUGAGGUUUAGAAUUGAUGCUGUAGCAUUCAGGGACUGGUUUUGUUAGCUCCUCUAUGGCUAAUACUCUGGUAGCAUGUUACUAGGUAGAUGGAAGAACAGCUAAACAGAAAUGACUAGGUGCUGAUUAAAAGCCACAACAACCAUUAACUGAAGCUUAUAAAAUAUUGAUUUUUGCCAGUUUUGGUUUCCAUCAUUUGUUGUUUCUGCCGUCACUACUACUCGAAUAUUACUAUAUUUAUAAAGUUUCUGUAGUGUCAUACUAUGAGAAAUAAUUCUCUGUAUUCACAAGCAUCAGAAAUUGUAAACAGAUGUUGUCGUGUGCUGAGUGUAUGGAAACUCUGAAUUGUAAAUGAAAUUGGGAAUCAUGCAAGCUCUUGCAAUCUGAAAAAGAAAAAAAAAAAAGAAGAAAUAAUUGAAAGAUGUUACAGCAGUUAGGCUAUGUUCAUUGGAACAUCGGUUCUUAUUGUGUAAUACUGGGAUUGCUGUAUGUUUAUUUAAACGAAUUAAUUAGAAAACGUAUGCACUAUCAUUUACCAAGAACUUGCACGUAGAAGCAUAUUAGACGUUAUAACAACUCCAGUAUGAAUGCUUACUUAGAUUUCAUUUAUUUUGUCACAUCUGCUAUUCUUCUGGCAUAUCUAGCCAAUUUCUUCAGCUAAGUGACUUAGUCUUACCUUCUGCCUCCUCUAUAGCUGUGAGCAGUGACCUGUGGACAUUGCAAUGGAAAUUUUGAAAUUUUUAUCUGUGAAAUUGGGCAUAAUGAUUGGGAACAAAUGAUACAUUUCAAACCAUUUGCUUUUCCACUGGAGCAAAUCUUGUCCACUUUGUGGCAAUAGUGUUGUGGUAACUGGAGAAGUUUAGUAUUUUCAGUCCUGACACUGGUCACUGGCAUCAAUUACACUACCAUCCUUAAACAUUUUAUUUCCUCUUUUUUCUAGAAGGGAGUAAAAACUUUAUAAAAUAUAGAAGCGUUACUUCUGACAUCACAAUUAGACUGACUUUUGUAUAAUAUUUUUUAUCUGUCAAAAAUGUCACCAUCAAGUCACUUUGGAAAUUUUUAUUUCUUUUGUAUAAUUACUAAGGUAAGCAGUCAUUUAAUAUUUUCAAAAUGAAUAAUUUGUGUGUUGAUGUGGAAGUGUUCCCAGUUCUUGUAACUGAAUAUGUUGAAAAGAAAUUGUGUAAUUUUGCCUAUAUGUAAGUAAUGAUGGUACACCACUGUCUGUACACAUGUAAAUAUGAAUGUACAUAUUUUAAGAAAAAAAUUAUGCAUAGCAAGAUACAAGGAGCUGUGCAUUUUGAUGCUCAGUUUAUAAAUAUGAAAGGCUACACAUGUGAAUUCUUAAGCACCAAGACUUUCAUUAAUCUGUAAAAAUCCUCAUGAAGGUUUGCAUGUGUGGUGUGUCUUAUCUUGUGGCAUAGUCACAGUCAUUUCCUUUAUCUGAAAGAUAAAGUCACCACAUAUUUCCUUCCUCUGUGUGUAUUUAAACUCAUUGUAAUGUAGAGACAAGACAAAGCAGCUAAGCCUAAUAGUUAAAGAUGUGCUGUUAUUUUGUGAUAUUUAAAUGUGCAGUGGGAUCAGUAUUGUUUUUUACAAAGUGAAAAAUGUUGUGCCAGUUGUUUGAAUGACCUAGUCUUUAAAUGUAUGAGAGAAUUUGUUAGUGUUAUUUUAUUGCUUACAACUUCUGCAAGCACAGUUUAGGAAGAGGUGUGUGUGUGUGUGUGUGUGUGUGUGUGUGUGUGUGUGUGUGUGUUUUGUGCAAGGAGUGUGAAUCUAUCUAUAUACAUGUAAGAAUGCAUUUUUGUACGUGUUCUAAAUAAGUAUAUUUAUUGUACAAAGAUUUUGACUGACAACUGAAAAUUAUUAGCUAUAUUUCUUAGAUUUGUGUCAGAUUUUAUUAUCGAUGUAAAAUAAAUGAGAAUACCGAUGCAUCUCAUGUUUGUUAUUGGUAAAGCCAGAAACCAUUGGCACACUCGUGCCCUUUCAUUUGAUGCAAUAUCUGCCUUUUCUAGGAGAGAGUCACAAUACGUAACAAUUUUGUACUACCUAACAAUCACUGAAUAAACUGCGUGACCAAAGCUUCUAAAUAACAUGUAUUUAAAAGAGAAUACAUCGUUAUAAAAAUGUACAAAUAACCCCUAUGAUCAAAUCCUAGGCGAUUUCAUUCAUUACUAUUCUGCGAGCUUUGUCGCCUAAUCUUUUUAUUUACUAUUCGUUCUAUCUUCGAUCGCCUAAGCAUCUUUGACGUAACCGAUAUUUUCAUCUUCGGUGUUAAAACGUUAUGUGGUGGCAUCUGGCGGUAAUGAUCUGCACUAGAAAUCCGUACGAAUAUUUUUCGAAUAUUCGUUUUUUGAGGGCAAUAUUGACUGAAAGUAAUAAGGUAAGAGAAAAAAUUCGGAAGUUUCGUAACUACUUUUUAACACCAAGCGCUCUCCUUUGUCUUAGUUAAGAACAAACACACAAAUUGUGUAGGGGGCGGUACCAUUUCUGCCCGGUGACCAGUCUGCUAGUGCUACGCGUCAUGUUUAGUUGAAAAUUAUAAUAGUUCCCAUGAAGUGAAUCGUCUUUAUUAGAGAGAAUAAAGCAGUGUACAGUAUGUUGAACCAAACGUAUGCCAGCCGUAAAUGGUUUCGCAAGUUCUUGUUGCAUUGCCGUAAUGAGAAAUUUAUUUAGGCGUUUCACUAUCGAAAUGUACCAUUAUAACCAUGCUUAGUAAAUAAACAAAAUUUUCUCCACUGGAGACGAAAUUAUCUCAGAAGAAGAAAAAAGCUAACCGUUUUAUUCUCCACAGUAGUCAUGUAUUAUUUAAGCUGACGUUAAACCUACACUCGAAAAUGAAGAUAAUGUGCGGUAUAGUUAUUCAUUCGUUAAAUGAUUUAACACAAUAUUUUGAUACAAUGUGUUGGCUGUUAAAUUGAUCAAAUAUAGUUACGUAAAGAUGGAUCACGUGUUAUAGGUUAUGUAGCUUCUAGGACGUAAAUGAUGUUAAAAAUUGUGACAUUACUUUUUUAGUAGUAAAUCAUGACUGUGUAAAGAAAUCAUGUUGAUUACUAGUAUAAUCAUUAAAUAAUAAUGCCUGAUAACCUUUGGCGCAGGCUCUGCAUAAUAUCGAUAAAGCUGUGGAAUUCUCUAGCUUUUAUUGUCUCGAAAUGAUAGCAUAGGUAACGAAUAAAGUUUCUAUACUUCUUCAAUUAAGAAAGGAUUAGUUACUGUUCCUUUUCAAUUUCGUUUCCAGCAAAAUUAUUCCCAGCUAAGUAAACAGUGUAAGUGGGACAUGACAUAGUUUCUCAGUAACACCCCACACGGCUGAAUGAGAUCAUGUUUAAAUACAUAUCACACAUUUGUAAAUAUUCAGUAACAUAUGUUGGCCAAU